AUGCCAGCUUGCUGCGUUUUGGGGCUUGGCACUGGUACCUAUAUGCUGGACAUGUAUGCAAGGUCCUGCUUCCUCAAAGGUCUUCUGUCUCUAAUUUUCUUUGCAGUAAAACGAUUUAAGGAACCAAAGGAAGAGAGGCGUCCCUGGAGGACAUGGUUUUAUGACACCUCCAAGCAAGCAAUAGGUUCCAUCUUCAUCCACUUUGCCAAUGUUUUUCUGUCGGAUCUCACUGAAGAGGACCCUUGCUCUCUCUACCUUAUUAAUUUCAUCCUUGAUGCCACGCUGGGGAUGCUGCUGAUCUGGCUUGGCGUGAAGGUUGUCUCCUGGAUUGUGCAGCACAAGAAGUACACGACCCUGGUCUUUGGAGAAUAUGGUGACCCUCCACAAGCUGCUGCCUGGAUUGGCCAGUGUGUGCUCUACUUGCUGAUAAUGGUGUUUGAGAAGUCCGUGAUCAGCCUUGUCCUGCUUAUCCCUGGUUGGACAAAGCUUCAGCAGAUCCUCCUGGGUUAUAUCCCAAACCCCCAGCUGGAGCUCGUCCUGGUCAUGCUUGUUGUGCCUUUUAUUGUCAAUGCCAUUAUGUUCUGGGUUGUGGACAGCUUGAUCAUGAGGAAAUACAAGCAGAACAACACCCUGGACAUCAAUGGAUCCAUAGAAAGCCCUCGGGCUAGGAGGACUGAGGAAUCUCAGGUGUUACUCUCUCCAGACAUGGAAUUUGAUCAGUCUGAAAGUGACCAGGAUAUUUCAGGACUCCAGGGGAUGAACCAGAAGAUGAAGCAGCCCAGCUAUCAAGUGGUCAUCUGA